AUGACAAACCAAGUACAUCAGAAGAAAUUGAAAGCUUUGUCUAAUUCAAAGUUUCCGCCAUGUUCUGGUGGAGAUACAGUGAGAGUGAAAAUUCCAGACGUUGAUAGAGGGAGUGGUGAUUUUAGAAAUAUUCUCAUGACAGUAAUCGAAAAAGCUGACGACGAUUCUUAUAAGCUAGCAAACAAGAGAGGAACUAUCGAUGAGAUAUUUUCCAGGUACCAAUUUUCUGUGUGUAAUGAGAAACUUGAAGAUAUGGAAAGUGUAUCACUGGAGAAAAAAAGUUUGCAAACGAACAAUCUCUUUUAG